CGACAGCCAAAAUACAGAUGGCUUCCCAUGUAAGGAGGGUUAUACUUUUGGGUACAACUGCACCACAUCAGUGAUAAAGUUAGCUUCUGACAUAGUUCUCGCUUUAAUUGUUGCUUGCAUUUGAGAGCAAACACAAGUCGUGGUUAGUUUUUUAGGUUUUUAAAAGUUAAACAAAUCAAUUCAAAAUGUGUGACGACGAUGUAGCAGCUUUGGUUGUCGAUAAUGGAUCCGGAAUGUGCAAAGCCGGUUUCGCCGGAGAUGAUGCACCCCGUGCUGUAUUCCCCUCCAUCGUCGGUAGACCCCGUCAUCAGGGUGUCAUGGUCGGUAUGGGCCAAAAAGACAGCUACGUCGGUGACGAAGCUCAAAGCAAAAGAGGUAUCCUCACCUUGAAAUACCCCAUUGAACACGGUAUCAUCACCAACUGGGAUGAUAUGGAAAAAAUCUGGCAUCACACUUUCUACAAUGAACUCCGUGUCGCCCCCGAAGAACACCCAAUCUUAUUGACUGAAGCUCCAUUGAACCCAAAAGCUAACCGUGAAAAAAUGACCCAAAUCAUGUUUGAAACCUUCAACACCCCAGCUAUGUAUGUUGCCAUCCAAGCCGUACUUUCCUUGUACGCUUCUGGUCGUACCACUGGUAUUGUAUUGGACUCUGGUGAUGGUGUAUCCCACACUGUACCCAUCUAUGAAGGUUACGCUUUACCUCAUGCCAUCCUCCGUUUGGACUUGGCUGGUCGUGACUUGACCGAUUACUUGAUGAAAAUCCUCACCGAACGUGGUUACAGUUUCACCACCACUGCUGAACGUGAAAUCGUACGUGACAUCAAGGAAAAACUUUGCUACGUUGCUUUGGACUUCGAACAAGAAAUGGCCACCGCUGCUGCUUCCACGUCUUUGGAAAAAUCCUACGAAUUGCCCGACGGACAAGUCAUCACCAUCGGUAACGAAAGAUUCCGUUGUCCAGAAGCCUUGUUCCAACCUUCCUUCUUGGGUAUGGAAUCUUGCGGUAUCCACGAAACCGUCUACAACUCGAUCAUGAAAUGCGACGUAGAUAUCAGAAAAGACUUAUACGCCAACACCGUACUCUCCGGAGGUACCACCAUGUACCCAGGUAUUGCCGACAGAAUGCAAAAAGAAAUCACCGCCUUGGCCCCAUCCACCAUCAAGAUCAAAAUCAUCGCCCCACCAGAAAGGAAAUACUCCGUAUGGAUCGGUGGUUCCAUCUUGGCUUCCCUGUCCACUUUCCAACAGAUGUGGAUCUCCAAACAAGAAUACGACGAAUCAGGCCCAGGAAUCGUUCACCGCAAAUGUUUCUAAUUUACUCGAUCUGCUCAAUGAUUACUCGGUACAUUGGGAUUUUAUUUUCAUCCGUCCCUUAUGUACUAUCGUUUUUAAAUUCAGCUUUUUAAAUUUCUCUUAAUUAUCGUGACAUAAAAGAGCAUUUUAUUUAUUACCUAUUUUUAAACCAUACUGUACCCAUUUUUACCUACGUGGAAGUAAAUAUUCGUGAACAUCUCGUAAAAACAGAAAAAAAAACAUCGUGCAAUACAUUCCACCAAGACUUGACACAGGAAAUUUAAAGCAAUUCACUCGUUGCCUAUUUAUUUAUGUAAUGUGUAUGAUAAAUUAUUUAAAAUGAUGUAAUCAGUAUAAAUAAAUCAAUUUUGGCGAA